AUGUCGGCCUCUCCUACAGCACCUCAACUAGACCACCCUCCUCCACCACCGCCAUUGCCGCCGUCUCGCUUGAGUCAAUUGCAACGCUUCAUCGCACCACUCAGCGGCCUCGCAAAGCCUGCGCGCAGUGCCACCGACCACCUUUCCGACCGCCCUCUGCCGCCGACCAGGCCGGUCGCGCGUCCAAGCCAUGGCUCAGAAGUCGCAAGAUCUACGGUCCAACACCGGACAGGCAUACCCAUCGCCGCCAUCGACAUAAACAGAGGCAAGACACAUGCAGUACUAGCCGGCAAGGACAUCCUGAAGACGGUGCGUGUGGCGGACGGGAAGGCUAGCGAGGACAUCAACCUGCGCGCAUCGAUUCUGUCAUUCCACUCGAGAUAUGCCUCGACAGAUGGAGACUCGGCAAAGCGCAGACGCGACUACCUGCCCGCAAGAGAUGUGAAGUGGUCUACUGGCAGCCUUUUUCCGAAUAUCAUAGCAACAGCCGCGGCCAAUGGUCGAAUCGCUCUCUACGAUGUGGAUGCUGCAGGGUCACGGCUCGAGCUUGCUUGGAUGCACGAGCACACUGCACAAGUCAAUAAGAUAGACAUAGACCCCUUCGCUGGUCGUCUAUUGCUAUCUGCGAGUCAGGAUCAAACUGUCAAACUGUGGGACAUUCGGGAUCCUCGAGCAGGCAAGGCGAAAUCGCGAUUUGACGUCCGGAAUGGGGUUCGUCACGUCUGUUGGUCGCCCAAAGAUGGCAAUGACUUCGAUUUUGCUGUAUGCGCUGACGGAGGGCUCGUCCAGAACUGGGACAUCAGGAGCCAUCUAGCCCCGAAAGUCAGCAUACAUGCUCAUGACAAGGGCUGCUACUCGUUAGACUGGCAUCCUGACGGUCGACAUGUCGUCACCGGCGGCUUUGACAAGUAUGUCAAGACCUGGGAUUUUAAGAGCAACAAUCGUCGACAAAAGCCGGCAUUUCAAUUCCGAGUCUCGCAAGCUGUUCGAAGUGUAAACUGGCGACCUGCGAGCGAGUUGUACUACAAAGGCACGUGGCAGACCACCCACAUUGCCACGACAUACCAUCACGACGACCCUAGAGUUCAUGUUUGGGACUUGACGCGCCCUCACUUGCCGUGGCUCGAACUGUGCACGACAAAUCGCCCACCUACAGAUCUUCUCUGGGCCUCAGCCGAUCAUGUUUGGACUGCUGGUGAGGAAGGAGUUUUCACUCAAUUCGAUAUCAACGCGCUGCCGAAGGUCAGCGAAAGUGUUUCACCGUCGACCUUGCUGUGGGUCCCUGGUGGAGAAAGUGCAAUGUUCAUGGAAGAAAGAGCUCCCAUCCCUGUUCGUUUCCAGUCAGAGAUGUUCUCUGGGCCGUCGAAGGAGAACCCGCGCGGUCAAAGUGAGAAGGAGAGGACGCCGCAAGAGGAUGAAGAGGAAUCUUUCUCCCGCAUGUCGUUCGCGUCGUCUAUGCGCUCACGACAGAAUCGCGAGCUGUCUUUCCGCUCUGACACAUCUAGAACAAACUCGCCGCCGGAGAAGCGCCCUGUUCAACAACUGGACAAGACCGUGCACGCUGGGCGGAUAUUGCAUCAGAACACUCAGAUUGGGGCUAUCGGACGUGUUCCGAGUGCGUCGGAGAACAAAGACGUUGCGUCGUUCCUAGCCAACAACUACGCGCCUAUUGCGACUGAGGAUGAGCGACGAGCUUCACCUGAUCUAAUUCUGUCGCGACUGCGCGACGCCUUCAUGAACAACGCAGAGGUUUCUGAUGAUGCAGCGUUGUAUCGUCAGGCUCAGUCGUGGAGAAUGCUGGCUGCAGUCAUCGUGCCAGAGCUUGAAGCUUGGGCUAAAAGCAACCAAGAGUCGCGCAAGCUCGAGAUCGCACGACGACAGUCUUUACAGAAGGCAGGGCGUCCUACAACAACCGAAAAUUCUCCGGCUUUCACCAAGGUGAUUGCCGCGGACCGCAACACAAAGGUCGAUCCUAAGGAGAACAAGAUCAUCAGUAACCUCUUCAAGGGCUUGAAAGAGCCAGGACGGACGGAGCACGAUAGCUCCUCAAACGUUACAACACCCUUAGCUCGACCAGUCAAUGAUUCCCCUCGGCACACUCCACGUCAACAUCGAAGCAAAGGUUCAUCCUCGUCACUCAACCUCGUCGAUGAUCUACCGGUUCUGCCACCGUCUCUGCUCAACUCACACGCUACAGCUGCUGCGGCAUCGAAAGCUCUACACAAUAGCAAUCGUCUUGAUUCCGUGGAUGACUCAUUUUCGCCAAUGUCCUCGCCAGAGCAGCCUCGUGCAAAGCAAGUGAAGUCGCCUGAUCUCAACAGUGGCUUGUUAUCUCCCAGACAGACGCUGAAGCCAGGGGAAGCUGUGCCUCGGGCGUCGCCGUAUCUGCAAGCGCAGAAGCAGGAGCAGAAGCGAAAUGCUCUUCGUGAUUACCGAGUUCAAGCCCGCCCCAUAUUCUCGCUCGAUACCAAGGCUCCGGAUCCAGACUACUCGAAGAACUCACAGCAUGACUCGGCUGAGAGCUUUCCGAUGUUCUCAGCGUCGACUGGCAGCUCUCAGAAGGCGCAUUUGAUGGGUCAAUCGACCGAAUCGAAGGUUGAGCCGGAUUCGGUGCAGCGACAAAGUAGCUGGCUAUCACGCGAGGACAGCUCUGAAUCGCCCUCCGUUGCUGGGAAGUCAAGCGGCCCAGCUGCGCAAAGAAUGCUACGAGACUUUUCAAUGGGAUCCGAUGCGCCACAAUUCAACAUGGACGAAACUCCUGAGCUGAAGGCUGACGAGUUUGAAGUCCCCAAUGCUUCACAAGAGCACUCAGCGUCACUGCCUUAUUCGGAAGUGGCUGCGAUCUCUGUUUCUCCCGACAUGUCACAUUUCGUUCGCUCUCAAUCGCCAAGGAAACCUAAGAUACAUGUCGUUAACCCAGCGCUGCAGCCCGUGGCAGCAAGUGCCAAAGCUGUGUCGUCCUCAGUCCGUGAUCUGUCCGACGAAGAGCUGAAACAAGACGGACUCAUCUUUGAAGACUUCCGACCUAUCGACAUGGCUUCCUACCGACCGAGCACACCUUUUGCCUGGUCAGCGUUUCCGCUCCUCUGCCACAUGAUCGCAUACGACGUGGACUCAGGAGUUGCUUGCGGUCAGCUCGCGACGCACCUAAUCCUCCACAUGGCGCCGUACUUCUUCGGACCAAGCAGUGCAAAUGCCAUCACUCCUUAUCCCAAGUCCCUUGCCGAGCGGCUCAUGCUGCCGAAAUAUGCUCAAAGAUGCAUAGAAGCGAUUCUGCGCAAACACCUGACGUUUUUGAAGCAGAUCAAGCAGACUGUUGCUUACGCUGCCCUGCGAAGCACAUGUGUCGAUCUGGGCUACGACAAGAACUUGUUCUCCAGCGAGCCGAAACCUGCGGAGCGAUCAGUCGACAAAGACUCGAGCAUUGUUCCUGUUGCGUGCUCGAACUGCGGUACUGAGAUAACAGCAGGUCGUAGAGUCUGCGAUGCAUGCCGGAACACACAGGCACCAUGUCCACUAUGUUCACGUAGCAAGCCGCCCGAGACGUCGUUGGACGCCGCCACAACAACUCCAACAUCCACCCAUCGAUCUACCUGGCUCACCUGCCAAUCCUGCGGACACACGGCCCACCAUAGCUGCAUGACCCAAUGGCUUCUCCGCCCCUCCACCCACGGUAUCUGCCCAACACCCGGCUGCACCUGCGACUGCGGUCCAGGAAUUAUACGCGACAAACGCAUCGACCGACAACAUCGCGCCUUCGAGGAACAACAACUCAUCCACGGCUCAAGCACAGUUGCAUCAGCCAAGAGGGACUCCCUCAAGGCAAGCCAGUCGCCCGCCGUGGACCGCGCAAGAGCGGUGAUGAGGGCGGCGAGUCGGGAUAGCGGGAGGGAGGUGCAGAGCGGUGAUGAGAAAGUCAGUGCUGGCGGAGCGGGCCGAAGAUCGAGUGCAAGAGUCAGCGGUGGCGGGACGGGCAGUGGGAGCACAACAAGUGCGUUUGGGAUGUCGUCGCGGAAGAGUGUACGAUUGAUGGCACCUGGGGAGGAGGAGGCGUUAAGGUUAGGACACGCAACGAAUUCGGGAUGA